CGCAUCCGCCUCGCUGGAGCCACGGCAAUGAAUGGGCACGCUCUGCCGGCCGGCACGCCAGCGCAUCCCCGGGGCUGGCAUGAGUUCUGCGAGCUGCACGCCAUCAGCACGGCCAAGGAGCUGGCGCGGCACUACCUGCGCUUCGCCACCGAGCACCCGCACCAUGACCUCCUGGCCGCGGAGAACUUCUCGGUGCAGUUCACCGACCUCUUCCAGCAGUACUUCUGCCAUGAGGUGAAGGAGGGAUUCGCCAUGAACCAGCUCCGCAUCCUGCCCUCCGGCCCCGCGCGGGAUUACCGGGAGACACACCGGCGCCACACGGAUGCCUCCUUGGGCCCGGUGGCCACCAAAGCCGAGGCGGAUGCAGGCUCUGAGCCCCCCGGCCGAGCUCCCGAAGCCACCCCAUCAGGGCUCCGCAAGUCCUGGAGCUCGGAGGAGCUGCUGGGGCCGGCACGGAGGCCUUUCUCGCUCAGCCAGCUGCGCAGGAGCUGGCGCAGCCUCUUCCGACGCCGGUCCUCGGAUGCUCUCCCUGCGGAUGGGGAUGGGGACGCGGCGGAGGCAGCGCUGAAGCCGGGACUGGGGAAGCGCAUCCUGCCGUGGGGGCUGUCGCGGGAGCAGCCCCCCGAGGUGCGCAAGGAGGGGGUCCUCAAGUACGGGCUGCUGGAUGAGAGCUCCUUGGACAGUGGGACGCACUGGCAGCGCUGCCGCCUGGUGCUGCGGCGAGCGGGGACGUCUGAUGGCGAGGAGUACGUGCUGGAGCUCUUCGACCCACCCAAGGGCUCCAAGCCGAAGCUGCACGCUGCCUGCUCUGCCGUGCAGGAGGUGCGGAGGUGCACGCGCCUCGAGAUGCCCGAUAACCUGCACACCUUCGUCCUCAAGGUCACCAACGCCACCGACAUCCUGUUUGAGGCAGGGGACGAGCAGCAGCUCAGCUCCUGGACGGCCGAGAUCCGGGAAUGUGCUCGCAGGGGGUCUGAUGGUGGUGACCCCGAGCUGCUGGCGUGCUGGCACCCCAACCCUGCAGCCUCCAGCCCCACCACCAGCACGGACACCCAGGGCCAAGGGGCGAUGCCUGGGGAGGCGGCGGGGCCGAAGAUGGAGCAGUUCCUCUCCUCCUGCCCCUGGUUCCAUGGGCCCAUCUCCCGGGUGAAGGCGGCUCACCUGGUGCAGGUGGGGGGGCUGGAGGGACACGGCGUCUUCCUGGUGCGGCAGAGCGAGACGCGCCGCGGCGAGUACGUGCUCACCUUCAACUUCCAGGGCAGAGCCAAGCACCUGCGGCUGGCACUGACGGAGCGGGGCCAGUGCCGCGUCCAACACCUCCGCUUCUCCUCCAUCGUGGAGAUGCUGCAGCACUUCCAUCGCUACCCCAUCCCGCUGGAGUGCGGGACAGCCUGCGACGUCCGGCUGUCCAGCUACGUUGUCGUCCUGCCCCAGCCCCAAGCUCCUGGCUCCAGCACCACGGUCCCUCUCCCGCUGCCCGUUCCCAGCUGGAGCCCUGCCUUCAGCCUCAGCCCCACCAGCUCCUCCUGUCCUCACGGCCCCGACGAGCCCCCUCUGGGCCCCCCAUCGGAGCAGAUCUUCCACGUGGUGCCGCCGCCGUCGGAGCUGGCGCAGAGCCUGCGCCCCGGCAGGGCACCCCCGGCGCCCCGGCCCCGCGAUUCGGACUACGAGGUGGAGGCACCGGGCCGGGGCCACGUCCGUGCCGUUGACAACCAGUACACAGCGCUCUGACCGGGGCUGCCGCGCGCCGGGAUGCGCUUUCGGGUGGAGAAAUCCCAGAGCCCUGCUGGGUAUCCCAUGGAGGGACAGAACGUGCCCCGAACGUGCCCCGUUUCUUCCUUCUGGUUAGGGAUGAGCAUUGUAUUUUUGCAAGGAAAGGGGGUAAUUUUCACUCCAGUCCGGGUGUGCUCCCUCUCUUCGGCCUGUUAAAGGGCCUCUUAGUUGUAUUUUCUGGUUGUUAUAAUCAAAGCUUUCUUUGUCACUGUUUA